GGGGAGGGGGAAGCGCGAUGGAGAUGUUUGAUCAUAAUAAGCAAGGUGAUGAAGCCAAUGCUAGCUCAGCACAAGAUAUGGAAAGGAAAGUUAAUGAAGAUUCCUUAUGGCAGGACAGUAAUAGUAGUUUAAAUAAACAAGGAUUAGAGCUGUCAAAGACUGGACUACCUGUUAUGCAGAACAGACAAGGUUAUUGCAACUGUUGCCAUGCACCCUACAGCAAUCUGGAACAGCAUGUAUAUAGUUCCCAGCACAAACAUUUUGUCAGUUACUGUAGGAAUCGCAUGGGUACAAGUAGCUUGAUGGAGCGUUUCCUGCAAGAUGUUCUACAACAUCAUCCCUACAGAUACCAUGAUAACAGACCAACUUAUGAUGACAUGCCAUUCAACUCCCAGCUUCUUGCAAAAGAUGGGGCUGCUGUUUCAAUGGGAGUCAAAGAGAAGGAGAGACAGAUGAGCAGGGUGGAGAAUCCAAACAUUGGCAGUGGAUUCACUGCUGAAUCAGGCUGCCUUAUUUCCCAGAACCAUGAAAAGCGGAAGAAGGCUUCUGUAGAACUGCUUCCUAUCCAGACUCUGGGAAGGGGGCAACAACCCAAACCAGGAGCUUCACAACGAAAUCUGUGUAUUUCCAGUAAUAUAAAUAAUCUUGGUCCAACAAACCUUUUGACCAAAAAUAGUAAUCAGAAAGUCUCAUUUGCAGCUAGGGAUGUUUUACCCCAUCCAUUACCUGCUAGCCAGGUACCAUCCCCACCUCAUAGACGUGCAAAAAAUAUUAGCUAUCCAGGAAAAGCAGAUGGCAUAUGUGAACAGGCUAUGCGAGAUAUAUGCAACCAAGAUGGAUUUUUGAAUUCAAACAAAAAUCUUGCUUUACAGCCAGUCCUGUCAAAAACUGUUUCACAUUUUCACAAGAGUCCUGUCUAUAAUACAGGCAACUCUUUAAUCUCAGGUCAACUCUUUUUAAAACAAGAUGACUUAGAACCUCAGGAUGAAACUCAGAUUAACCUUUGUCUCAGGAAUUCUAGAAAACCUGUGGGCACCAGCAAUUCCCUGAAUUUUCAAGCAGCUCCCCAAUUACCAAGACAAAAAGAACAGUUGUGCAGAAGUGCUGAAAGUUCUAUAAAUGAAAUAAUUGAACAGGUCAUUUUGAAAUACUGUUAUGAAUCUCCUCCCAAAGAGUUGCCUUGCAGAGAAGAAGAUACAAAUUCCUGUGUAAAUAUUCUGUCACUUUUGGAUCACAGUAGUCUGGAUGGUUCAGAUAUGAGUUUUGAUUGUGAUGCAGCUAUUGAUUCACAAGCAAACCUGUCCAAGUUAGCUGCUAAAAAUCUAGAACUUCUCAAAGAAGUUAAAAUAAAUCUACAAGAUGAAAACUAUGGCACCCAACUCAGCUCCAUUUUUAAAAAUGUUUCAGUGCAACAAAUAGCAGAAGCAGAAAAUGAUAUUUCAAUUCAAAACGAAGAACCAGUUCUUCCAGCUCUGCCUCAUGUGCCUCCUUCCUUUGUAGGAAAAACCUGGUCUCAGAUCAUGUACGAAGAUGAUAUGAAAAUUGAAGCACUUGUGCAGGAUUUUAGAGAAGGCCGCUUCCGCUGCCAUUUUGAUACUGAGCCCUUGGCUCAUCGUACACCGAGAAAAAAACCUCAAAAGACUGAUGACGUGAUCAAUGUAGUUGUACCUAGAAAAACAGGGGCUGGGCCUGCUAAAGGGCUUCCAGAAUUUACUGAUGUCCUAAGUGAUGGUCCUGACUUCAGCAACUUAUCUGUAACUUCAGUAAUACAUGUUCCAAAGCCCCUGAAGAAUCCCCCCAAAAGAAUUUUCCGCCUUGCCUCAAGAUGCCAAGUAGUCAAGGUGAGCCAUGGCACACAAACAAGUUUAGUACAGUAUCCUGUAGUAAAGCAAAAAAUAAUUAGGAAGGACUAUCAGCUACAAGAUCAGAUGGACAAUCUCCUUUGGUCAGAGAAUGAGAAAACACCUACCAUGAAAACUAGGUUAUGUGCUCUUAAGCUUCCUAAAUCUUAUACUAAAAUCAUGAGCCCUUUACAGCCACAAACACUAGUCUAUGUUCUUUCAUGUCCAGAGAUGAAACAAUUUAGGAACAAGGCUGAAGAGAUUCCCAAAAUUAGAAGUCACAAUUUCACACAUAGUAAAGAUUCCGUAAGGUACAAGUACAAACAAACCUCUAUUAAGUAUUACGAUCCUCUGACUAAUCGAAUUUUAAAAACACCUCCUAAAUGCAUAGCUGGGGGGAAAACAAAGAAGCCAGCACAUGUUCGACAGCUAUUCAGGAACCUCAAUUUUGAUGGAAACAGUAAGAAACAAGCUGAUAUCCAGUAUAUAUCAAAGCCCUUCAAUUCCCCAGACAACCAUGCGGUAUCUCUUUUGCUUGACCCUGUUAAGGAGAAUGAUAUGAAUUCAAAUCAUCAUAAGUCAGAAAACCCUUCUAUUUCAUCUGAAAGAUCAGAAUGCUUGGUGUAUAACUGUUCAGAGAAAUGCUGUAAACACUUAUUUAUUUCACGGUUGAAGUCACAUCAAUCACAGCAGGAAGGUGACUUUCAAUUCAAUCCAUUUAGGAGGAAAGGAGUCAAAUGUCCCUUGAAGCCCCAUACUGCUGAUUGUUUAGAAAGAGACAAUCCAAAGAAAAUAUGGCAGAGGAAAAAAAUCAAUAGUAGGGAAUCAGGGUUUCCGAAAAAAACUUCAGAGCUAAUUUUUAUCAAACAUGACCUUGUUAAGAAAGGCAGUACAAAACAACCACCCAGAAGUACAACUCAGCAAAUAGAAGGAAAAGUUAAAAACAAAUCUUGUACUCUUAAAUCAUCUAUUCUCAGGCACCACUCAAAGAGCACUACCAUAAAAAAAUAUCUUCAGAAAAAAAAAGCUGAUAUUAAAAAGUUGACAGUGUCAAGAAAGUCAAAAAGGACAUUUUUGAACACUGCAUCUGUAAUGAGUGUUCCAGAAAAAAGGCAGAGAAUCUCUGUAAGGACUUCUUCCAAAGUAAAAACAUGGGAAGUGACUAUAGACAAGAAUCUUUUUUGCACUGUGAAAUAAUAUUGCCCAGAUCAUAUACACUUGCUUUGGGAUUGUCUUUAAGAGGGCUGGAAAGGGAGAAAAAUGUUCUGAUGUAUUGGCUUUUCAAGAUAAUACAUCAGAAUUAGAAACGGAACAAUUUCAAAGUCAAACAGUAAGCUAAUAGUUCAAGAAGUAAUUCAUAUUGUGAGUGAGGGUUCUGUACAUUACAUGUUGAGUUAAAACUUUUUUUAUGCAGUAAAAGCCCAAUUAUGCAGCUUGCUAUAUAUUUUUCUCAAGCAGAGCAUUGUUUUCCCUUGUAAAACCAGUGUCAAUCAUUGAAAAAAGUUUAUCUUGUACAUGAAGUUCGGCUUUGAUAUCUUGUUGGUAAACUAAGCAAUGUCAAAACUCAUCCCAAAGCAGUGUGGAACCAAAUGGGCACUCCUGCCGUUUGUUAAGAUUUUCAAUUUCCCCUUAACUUCUCUGAAGAAUCUUUGUGUAGAACCAUUUUUUGGAAACUGCACGUGGAGUUUUAGGAUGCAUUGUGUUUGAAGAAGUAACUUUACCUUAUCUGGAAUCUAAAUUUGGAUAUCGCAUAGUGAUUGUAUUUUAAAUUCAGAUCACAAAUACAAAAUCAUCCUGCCUAUAUUUGUUAUUUUCUCAAAAGUAUUGGAUGUCCUUCUAGAAUGAAGCUGCUGUUGAAAAUUUUUCUUUUGAUUUUUUUAAACUUUCUGGAAGAACAAUUGAUUUUUAAGAUCAUACAUAAUGGUUAAUCAAGACUGCUGUGUAUAAGCAAUAUUUCUACACGUAAGCUGCCCUUAGAAUGCAUUACUAUCUAGUUUCAUCUUACAAUAUAGUUGUGAAAGCAUUUUAAAGUAAUUUCAAUAUGUAAGCAAGCUUCUGAAAAAUGCUACUUGAUGCUUAAAAUAGAUUUCCAACUUGAAUUUUUAAAAAGGUAAAUAUUUUAUUUUAUUUUGGCUUGCAUUAACAUGUUUGUUAAAGCAUUUUUCUUACAGCAUAUAUACUAAGAUAUAUAUUACUCUUAAAUACAGGUAAUUCUCGACUUAGAACAGUUUGUUUAGUGACCGUUCAAAGUUACAAUAGGACUGAAAAUUUCUUAUGACCAUUUUUCACAGUUACCACCUUUGCAGCAUCCCCAU